UAUUGAUUAUCUUUUUCUCCUACUCCUACUUACAUGUAUGCAUGUAGUUCUCCUUUUUGUUAGGUGGGCACACACACAUCACACGCAAAACUUCUUACGUAGGCUAUGAAAAAGGUUCGUUUAGGAAUGAGAAAGGGUGCUUGGACUCAGGAAGAUCUCCUUCUUAGGAACUGCAUUCAAAAGUAUGGAGAAGGAGUUUGGCACCAACACCAAGUUCCUCUCAGAGCAGGCUUGAACAGAUGUAGAAAAAGCUGUAGAUUGAGGUGGUUGAAUUAUCUGAUGCCAAAUAUAAAGAGAGGAAACUUCACCUUCGAUGAAGUUGAUCUCAUCAUCAAGCUUCAUAAAUUGUUAGGCAACCGAUGGUCGCUAAUAAUAGGCAAACUUCCCAGAAGAACUUCUAAUGAUGUGAAAAACUUUUGGAACACCCACCUACAUAAGAAAAUGAUAGCUCAAAGAGAGGAGGAAAGAGCCAAGGCUCAUAAAAACCCAUGAAAUAUAAUAAUAUCAUCAAACCCCAACCUAGGACCUUCUCAAGAAACCUACUUUUCCCAAGGGGCAAAAGUUUCAAUACAGAAAACAUUCCCAAGGGGCACCUCCAACAUCAUUGCUAGGGGAUUGUGGAGCACCGCCAUGGUUGGAUGGCGGCGUGCUCGACAGUAUGGAAAUGAACAGUGAAAUUUCCAGGCAAUUAAAGUUGAUUUAGGCAAGCUUUUGUGAGCUCUUGUUGUGUCUAAUUAAGCCCAUACAAGAAGGGUCUUGAGAGGUCAUUGAUUUCACAAUCUUCAAUAAAUAAACUACAAAACAGAAAAGAGAUUAAAACACACAUCUUGAUUAAUCUUGUGGUGAUUGGGUCAACCAACUGAGAUUAAAUUG